AUGAUCUACUCUGGAGAGAUAGAAAAUGGCCUGAUGCAUGGUCGGGGUUGCCUCCAGUACCCCAACAAAGAAAGCUAUGAUGGGGAAUGGGUAUUUGGUAAACGUCAUGGAUUUGGUGUCUAUACAUAUGCUGACGGUAGCCGUUAUGAAGGCGAGUGGGUUGAAGACAAGGUACACGGAAAGGGAACAUGCUAUUAUACCAGCGGUAAUGUGUACAAUGGAGACUGGACCUUUGGCCGAAUUAACGGUCGAGGUGUUCUGGAAUAUCAUGAUGGAGAUCGAUAUGAAGGUGAAUGGAAGGAUGGUCGUAUGCAUGGUAAAGGUACCUAUUACUAUUCAAAUGGUGACGUUUAUGAGGGAGAAUGGAAGGAUGAUAAGCGUCAUGGUAAAGGUGUUGUUGUUUACUCUGCUGCUGACGGAUCCGUAUCUGAAAAGUAUGAUGGUGAAUGGGUUGAAGGUCGUAUGCAGGGUUGGGGAAAAUAUUUUUAUGCAGAUGGUGGCGUUUAUGAAGGUGAAUGGAAUGACGGCAAAAUGCACGGAAGAGGUACAUACGUUUUCCCCAAUGGGAACAAGUAUGAAGGUGAAUGGGUUGAAGACAAAAAACAGGGAUAUGGCAUUCUCAGUUACGUUAACGGCGAGCGUUACGAGGGAUAUUGGCAAGCUGAUAAGGCCCACGGCAAAGGAACAUUAAUGUUUCUUCAAGGAGAUCGUUACGUUGGUGAAUGGUGUUAUGGUAAGAAACACGGUCACGGAGUUCUCACCUAUAGCAAUGGUGACGUGUAUGAUGGUGAGUGGCGUGAUGAUGAUGCCUCCGGCUAUGGUGUACUUGAGUAUGCAAAUGGCUGUCGGUAUGAAGGCGAGUGGGAAGCCGAUCGUCGUCAUGGUCAUGGUGUACUGCGACUUCCUGAUGGUUCCAGUUACGAGGGAGGAUUCGCCUAUGGAAAGAAAGAUGGUGAAGGUCGAAUGACACUCAAAGACGGAUCCUUGUAUAUUGGUACUUGGAAAGAAGGAAAGAUUGUGGGACAAGGUGAGUUCCGUCUAUCCGAAAACUGUGACCUCAGCAAUCCAGAUUAUUAG